UCCCCGCGCGUCCCCGUGAGUGGCAGCUCGGUCUCCCCUGCUCUGUGAGAUCAGGACCUGCGUUCGGACAGCCCGCUGCACGCCUGGUGCCAUGUCUGUUAAGAUGGAGAGCCAGUUCCAGCCCUCGGAGGCCACUUCUGUUCAGAGCCUUUCCCCCGCUGCCGAGGCCGAGGCCGAGGCCGAGGCCGGCAGCACCCAGGGGCCGACCGUGGACCUAUCAGACGACUUCAGCAAGCAGCUGGAGGACAUCAUCAGCUCGUACCAGACAGACCCCACCCCGGCGGAGCCCGAGGGGACAGAGGAGGGGGCGCUUCUCGAGCAGGGCGGGGACGUCACGGUUACCAAGGAUGCGGGCAGCGGCAAGGACCAGAAGCUGGAGAAGAAGAUGCUGAAGAGUCUGGGAAAGGAGGCCAUGCUGCUGAUGCAGAGCUUAAACAAGCUCAGCACUCCCGAGGAGAAGCUGGAGGCCAUUAUCAGGAAGCACGCCGAACUGCUGGAGGAGCACCGGGCGGAGCAGAAGCAGUUGAAGGCCCUGCAGAAGAAGCUGGUGCAGGUGAUGAAGGAGAAGGACCAGCUGCAGGGGGAGCACAGCCGGGCCGUGCUGGCCCGCAGCAAGCUGGAGGGCCUGUGCCGGGAGCUGCAAAGGCACAACAAGACCCUGAAGGAGGAGACUCUCCAGAGGUGCCGAGAGGAUGACCUGAAGCGUAAGGAGAUCACCACACACUUCCAGAGCACGCUGACCGACAUCCAGGCCCAGAUCGAGGAGCACAGCGACCGCAACACCAAGCUUUGCAAGGAGAACAGCGACCUGGCCGAGAAGCUCAAGUCACUCAUCGCCCAGUACGACAAGAGGGAAGAGAACUUGGAGAAGGUGUUCAAACACCGCGACUUGCAGCAGAAACUGGCCGAGACAAAACUUCAGCAGGCCAACCUGCUUCUGAAGGAUGCUGAGGAGAAACACAGGAUAGAGAAGGAACAUCUUCUGAAGCAGGCGGCUGAGUGCAAGCUCCAGGUGAAGCUCCUGAAAGAGCAGGAGAAGGAGAUGAAGGCCCAGCUUUCUAUGUACUCAGAGAAAUUUGAGGAAUUCCAGGGCACUGUGUCCAAAAGCAACGGGGUGUACGCCAGCUUCAAACAGGACAUGGACAAGAUGGCAAAGAAGAUGCGGAAACUGGAGAAGGAGGCGAAUGCCUGGAAGUCACGCUUUGAGGGGUGCAACAAGGCUCUUCUGGACAUGGUGGAAGAGAAAACUCUGAGGGAUAAGGAGUUUGAGCUCUUCACCGUGAAGACGCAGAAGCUGGAGAAGCUCUGCCGGGCACUGCAGGAGGAGAGGAAGGACCUGCAGCAGAAGCUCCAGCAGGCCCCGGGGGGCCAGCAGUCAGGUCAGGAGGCGGAGGCCAACGCAAAGGUGGAGGAGGUGAGCGCCCCGGAGGAAGUGAGCACCCCAGAGGAGGCGUCCCCCGAGGUGACCCCCACCCAGGAAACACCCCUGACCACAGAGCUGGCCAGCCUGAAGGCCCAGCAAGCCCGGCUGCAGGAAAUCGCCUCCUCUUUCAUGGUUUCACACAUUGCGGCGGGGCUCGGCCAGGACGACGAGUCGAACCUGGAUGCAGAGGUCCUGGACACUUCUGAAGACACCCAGGAGGUAGUCUCUGACAACGCCCACCCGACAGUGUCCGACAGCAGCCCGAGCGAAUCAAACGGCGAAUCAGACACUACCCUGCCAGCUCCCACUGAGUCCAGCACCCAGGAGCACACAGAGAGUGACAUGGAAGCGGUCGACUGAAGAUAAAAGUGCUGUCUGAAUCGUGGGCACUGUUCAAUCCUCCCGCAUCUUGGUUUGUCCUCAGCUAUAACCAACAACUUUAAGCAAGUGUUACUUUUUGUUUUUUACAGAAAUUUUAUUUUUCAUAUAGUUCUGCAACUAAGGACAAAGCAACACUUGCUUAAAAUUGUAAGUUUUGGGCGAGCUAUAACCUGCAGGGGAGCUUGGAUUGGCUCAUAAUUUGUCUGCCCAAAGAAUAAUUCAUUCAUUUUGUUAGCCUAUGCUGGUGGUUCUGAAGAGUGGACAGUUGAAGAAUGUGCUUUCCCAAAGGCUACAAACAGAUAUUGAACUGUUUUCUUUUUUAGUGUUUGCAGACAUCAGAAUGUUGGGUAGGAUUUUUUUUAUCUCCAAUGACAUUUGUCUCGAUCACUGAUCUUUUGUAUCCAAAAACUAAAGAACACACAAGCAGUGAUGUCAUCUAAUAAAGGCCUACAGAAUGCCGCUGUUGGACAAUG